UGAUGAGAAAAGCACUUUUUAAUCUUUUCGCACUUGCUCUGCGCGCUCAAACAGUUGCAGGAUGUCGAUGACAGACUUGCUCAGCGCUGAGGACAUCAAGAAGGCAGUGGGGGCCUUUACCGCUGUCGACUCCUUCGACCACAAAAAGUUCUUCCAAAUGGUCGGCCUGAAGAAGAAGAGCCCGGAUGAUGUAAAGAAGGUGUUCCACAUCCUGGAUAAAGACAAGAGCGGCUUCAUUGAGGAGGAUGAGCUGGGAUUCAUCCUGAAGGGCUUCUCCCCAGAUGCCAGAGACCUGUCUGCGAAAGAAACCAAGACACUGAUGGCCGCUGGAGACAAGGAUGGAGACGGCAAGAUUGGGGUGGAUGAAUUCUCCUCUCUGGUGGCCGAAAGCUAAGAGGCUGUGACUGCCCCUGGUCUUCCCCCCCUCUGCCCCAAACACCCAAUGUCAGCCCCUCUUGCUGCCCUCCUGCAUUUCUGUUCAGUGUGUUUAUGUUAUUUUUUACUCCUCCCAUCCCCUGUGGCCCUCAAAUGACAUCAUUCUUCUGAAAAAUGCUGGUGAAACAAUAAAGGCUGAACCAAUCGGA